GCUCGUGAUUCCACUCGGCUCAACUCUCAGACAGCGCGAUGAGCUCCACGCGUUUAUAGUGGACGAGCUCAAGCCCAUUUUCAAUCGAGAGGCUUACGAUGCAGCCCGCAAUAACUGCAAUCACUUCACAGACCGUGUGAGCAUGUACCUGGCCUGGCGCUGA